CGAGAGAACUUCAGAAGAAAUAAAAAACCAGAUCAAAUUUUGGAUGCUAAAACCCUUCUCUCUUUCUCACUCAAAAAUCUUGAAGAACAUCAGAUGUUCAAAUUCUAAAACCCAGAAGAAACAAGACGAAAAAAAGUUGAGUUUACUAAUUCAAGAGAGAUGGAAGUAAUGGAGCUAGAACCAAGGGUAAAACCCUUAUCAUACAAAAUCAAGGGCAUGUCUCGUGAAGCCCCUUCACAAAAAGCACUUCAUGUUCUCGAUACUGAUCUUCGUUCUCACUGGUCUACUGGUACUAGCACUAAAGAAUGGAUUUUGCUCGAGCUAGACGAACCGUGUCUACUAUCACGUAUACGGAUUUAUAAUAAAUCAGUACUUGAAUGGGAGAUUGCAGCUGGGUUGCGGUACAAGCCAGAGUCAUUCGUUAAAGUUCGCCCCCGAUGUGAAGCACCUAGGCGUGACAUGACAUACCCUAUGAACUACACUCCAUGCCGCUAUGUGCGAAUAUCUUGUUUGCGUGGGAGUCCUAUUGCUAUAUUUUACAUUCAGCUAAUAGGAGUUUCUGUGCCUGGUCUGGAGCCAGAGUUUCAACCAGUUGUUAAUUAUCUUUUGCCACACAUUAUCUCUCACAAGCAAGGGGGAGAAAAUCUGCAUCUUCAGUUGCUUCAAGACAUCACAAACAGGUUGCUGCCAUUUCUCCCACAACUCGAGGCGGAGCUUACCAAUUUUACCGAGGCAGCAGAAUCUAACAUGCGUUUUUUUGCUAUGCUUGCUGGCCCAUUUUAUCCAAUUCUAUAUGUAAUAAAUGAAAGAGAAGCAACUAGAACUUCGUGUAACUUUCUUGAUUCAGAUGCUUCGAAAAACACCCUACCUCCAACCUUAACGGUUUCCUCCAAUUUUGAGGUCCAACCGAGGAAGUUACGUAGCCCUUCAUCAUUACUUCAGCCUGCUUCGAGUUUAGUUUUUCGUCCCGACACAGUCUUCAUGCUGCUCAGAAGGGGUUAUACAGAUCCUCAUCUAGGAUCUAUUUGCCGAAUGUUUUCUGGAGUUCUUCGAAAGCUCAUUGAACCUAGUGAACCACUAGAAACACCAGUUCCAUCCACUGAUUUGACAUCUACAGUUUCUGAUGAGACCAGCAAAGCUGAAGCAUCUAAUUAUAUGCUUUUAGCCGAUUACUCAAGCUUGUUUGGGGAGGAACUUAAAAUACCUGAGGAUCACUGGGACCCCAAUUAUGCUAAUGUCUUGGAUAUUUCGACCGUGGAAGAGGGGGUUCUACAUGUCCUAUAUGCAUGUGCGUCACAGCCUCUCCUCUGUCACAAGCUAGCUGAGAGUAGUUCUGAAUACUGGUGUGUUCUACCGCUGGUUCAAGCACUGCUUCCAGCACUUCGUCCUCCAGUUACCGGUCCUUCAGACCAUGUUGAGGACGGUUUUUCUCAAUGGAAACACCCAUUCGUGCAGCAGUCCCUCUGUCAGAUUGUAGCAACGUCUUCGUCUUCAGUGUAUCGUCCUUUGUUAUGCUCGUGCUCUGGUUACUUGGCAUCAUUUUCUCCAUCACACAGAAAGGCAGCUUGUGUUUUGAUUGAUCUCUGUUCUGGACCACUGGCACCAUGGAUAUCUGUUGUGAUUGCAAAGAUUGACUUGGCAAUCGAGCUGUUACAGGAGCUCUUAGGCAUUAUCCAGGGUGCUCGGACUUCUAUAUCUUGGUCUCGAGCUGCUCUUAAAUACAUCGUUUUGGCACUCUCUGGACAUAUGGAUGAUGUACUAGCUGUGUAUAAGGAUGCGAAGCAUAAAGUACUAUUUCUCGUGGAGAUGUUAGAGUCCUUUCUUGAUCCUGCCGUAACUGCAGCAAAGAAUACAAUUGCUUUUGGAGACGUUUCCAGCAUUUUCCUGGAGAAGCAGGAACAGGAUUGUGCUGUUGCUCUGAAUGUUAUACGCACAGCAGUGCGUAAAUCUGCUGUACUUCGGUCACUAGAAUCUGAAUGGAGACGAGGAUCUGUUGCUUCGAGUGUGCUUCUCUCUAUUUUGGAUCCAAACUUGCCAUUGCCUCCUGAUAUUGACCUUUGCGUAUGCCCUGUUACAAAAGUAUCAGAGCAAGAAGAGUCGGUUCGCUUUGGAGGAGCCUUUGCAAGACCCAAUGACCAAGAAGAAUCUGAUGGGAAAAGUGAAAUUCCGGAAAUGAAGAUAAACGUCCUGGAUGAUGCUGGUCUUUUCUUUGCCCCACCGGAAUUGAAAAGUGCUGCAUUGAGGAACCUUUCUAACUCUUUCACGGGACAUAGUCCGGAUAAAAACAGUAUAGAAUCCAAUCAUGAAAUUGUCAACAAAGGAGGUAGACAUCUAAUUGGGAAAAAUCUAAGCACGCACUUUGAGAAUGGUUUAGUUCUGGAUGUUGGGUUUUCUGUCGAAUACUUCAACUUGCAGGCUGAUUAUUUGCAACUUAUGAAUCAUCGAGACUGUGAGCUUAGGGCAUCUGAGUUCCGGAGUUUGGCAACAGAGUUGCAUUCACAACAUGAUAUUACUCCUGAGGGUCAUGAUGCUGCUAUUGAUGCUUUGCUUUUAGCUGCUGAGUGUUACAUAAAUCCCUUCUUUAUGACGGCCCUUAGAUCUCGUCCAAAAGUUAAUCUGACAAGUAUUAGCAUAAUCAGCAAUGUUAAGAAGGAUGAGAUAUCAGUACCAAGGGUUUGUGAAAUGAAGUGCAACGACUUGGAAAAAAUAUCACUUCUUGAAAGGAAAAGGGACUUAACUGUUCUCCAAAUACUCCUCGAAGCUGCUCAAUUGGACAGGGAGUAUCAGAGAAGGGUAUCUGGUGAGGAUCAAUGUUUACAUGAUAAUGGGGGCAUGGAACAAGGGAUUGAAGUAUUGACAGUAGAUGAGCAUGCUUCAGAUGCAGUUACUCUGGUUCGACAAAAUCAAGCUUUGCUGUGCCGCUUUCUGAUCCAACGGCUAAGUAAAGAACAUAGCUCAAUGCACGAGAUUCUCAUGCAGAGUCUGUUGUUUUUGUUGCACUCCGUCACUGAACUUUUCUGCUCUCCUGAAGAUGUGAUUGACAUUAUAUUGGGAUCUGCUGAAUAUCUUAAUGGCCGACUUUCAUCUUUCUAUCACCAGCUUAAAGAGGGCAAUUUGCAGUUAGAUGACGAGAAAGUACAUGGGAUACAAAGGCGCUGGAUUAUUCUUCAGAGAUUAGUCAUUGCAUCCAGUGGAGGUGAUGAAGGACCAGACUUUGCAAUGAAGGUCAACAAUGGGUUUCGGUUCAAAAAUCUGAUUCCUCCUUCCUCCUGGUUAAACCGGAUACCUAAAUUCUCUUCUUCUCAAUUCCCACUUGUUCGAUUCCUGGGAUGGAUGGCGGUAUCCAGUUAUGCAAAACAGUAUUUGAAAGAGAGACUGUUUCUUGUCUCAGAUCUCACAGAGAUGACGAGUUUGUUAUCAAUAUUUGCAGAUGAGCUUGCCCUUGUCGAUAAAAUAGCAAAAGAUGAGGCUGCAAAGUUGGGGCUGACCAGAGAGAAAACUGAUUCUCAGGCCAGUGAAGGGUUUGAACUUCAUGAAAGACAUGGGACCGGAUCAUUCCAUAUUAUUUACCCUGACCUACAUAAGUUCUUUCCAAAUUUGAAAAGGCAGUUUGAGGCUUUUGGGGAGAAUAUUUUGGAAGCUGUCGGAUUGCAGCUGAGGUCUCUUUCUACAACAUUCGUUCCUGAUAUGUUAUGUUGGUUUUCUGAGCUUUGCUUAUGGCCAUUCCUCGGCAGCGGAUGGGAUUGUUACUUGAACAGAACCACUUGUAAUCAUUUGAAAGGUUAUGCUGCAAAGAACGCAAAAGCUAUAAUCUUAAAUGUACUUGAGGCAAUAGUGGUAGAGCACAUGGAAGUUAUGGUGCCUGAGAUACCCAGGGUGGUGCAAGUGCUGGCAUCCCUAUGUAAAACCUCAUAUUGCGAUGUGUUUUUUCUCAAUUCUGUUUUACGUCUGCUGAAGCCACUCAUCUCCUAUGCUCUGAAAAAAGCGGCUGAUGAGGAACAUAUAGUGAAGGAUGACUCUUCCUGUCUUAACUUUGAGUCUGUAUGUUUUGAUGAGCUUUUCUGUUACUUGAAUAAUGGAAUUGGGAAUGAGGAUGGUGCUACAGAAAGAGUAUACCGUGGAGCACUGACCAUUUUCAUUUUGGGUUCUAUCUUCCCUGAUUUAUCAUUUCAAAGGAAGAGGGAUAUUUUAGAGUCCUUAAUUUUGUGGGGUGGUUUCACGAAGCACGAACCACCAUCUGCUUUAUAUGAUUAUCUGUGUGCAUUUCAGAAAGUAAUGGAUAGUUGCAGACUUGUACUAGUCAAGACCUUAAAAGAUUUCAACCUAAGUAUCCCAGUAAUGAAUCCACAAUUGCCUGUGGAAGGCUCUACUCCUGUCCUUGAUGAUAGGUUAGGAAUCUUUGGUAUUCAUGAUGGUAUCUGCGAUCAGUUUGAAGGUGCUGAGGAUGAUGAAGACCUGUCAGGUAAAAAAGUCCAGGCUUUGCAAGGUGAAGAAAUUGAUGAGUUUUGCAAAUGUUUAGAUGGAUUGAUUUCUAAGCUUUAUCCAACAAUCGAGCUCUGUUGGAAACUUCAUUCUCAACUAGCAAAGAAGCUGACUGUUACACUGUCCAGGUGUUACAUGUACUUUAAAUGCUUGUCAUCUCUGCAAAACUUUUACGAAAAUGAAAAGAAUGGUGGUGAAGAUGUGUGCCCAACUAUCACAAGUGAAUGUGCCGCACUUCAUUGGAGAAGUGGUCUUGAAGGGCUUGGGAGAUCUGUUUUAAGGCUCUUAGAAAACCGUUGCUGGCAGGUUGGGUCCACUAUGAUUGAUUAUUUACUUGGAUUGCCUCCAUAUUUUUGUCUCGAUAAUGUGCUGGGAUAUGUAUGUUCUGCAGUAAAGCAUAUUUGUUGUCACGCGCCAACCUUAGAAUGGCGCCUUCAGACUGAUAAAUGGUUGUUGAUCUUAGUCUCGAGGGGUAUCAGUAGCCUUCAUGAAAAUGAAUCCUCAUUCUUGGAUAUGUUCUCUACGAUGCUGGCUCACCCUGAACCUGAACAGCGAUCUGUCGCAUUGCAGCAGCUUGGGAGACUUGUAGGAAAAGAUGCAACAAGUGGAGCAUCAAAUUUAUCAUACAAGAUUCACGAUAUCAAAUUAACUGCAUCUGACUUGUCCAGUUCUGUAUCUGAGUCGGUUCUGUCUCUACUGGUAUCAAAUACGUGGGAUAGGGUAACCCUAUUGGCUUCAUCUGAUCCAUCAAUGGUUUUAAGGCUUCAUGCAAUGGGUAUUCUAGUUGAUUACGUUCCUUUUGCUGAGCGGAGUCAAUUGCAAUCUUUUCUUGGGGCGUCGGAUACUGUUCUUCAUGGUUUGGGCAGACUUGCAUACUCGGUAUGUGAAAGCCCGCUAACACAUCUCUCACUAUCCGUUCUUGCUAGUGCCUGCCUGUAUUCCCCUGCUGAGGAUAUUUCGCUAAUACCUCAAAAUGUUUGGAGAAACUUGGAUAUCUUAGCAACAUCAAAAUCUGAAGGAAGGCUUGGUGAUUUGGAGAAGAGGGCCUGCCAAGCUUUAUGUAACCUAAGAACAGAAGUUGAUGAUGCAAAAGAGGUCCUGAAAGAGGUUCUUUCUACAAGUACUUCUACUAAAGACAGUAACCCAGAUUUUGGAAGUACCCGUGAAUCUAUUCUUCAGGUCCUUGCAGAUUUGACUUCUGUUCGGUCAUUUUAUGAUGUCUUCUCGAAGAAAGUCGAUCGAGAGGCUAUGGAACUUGAAGAGGCCGAGAUUGAAAUGGACCUACUUCAGAAAGAACGAGCGCUUCAGGAAUUGUCUGGUGUUAAUAAAGACGAAACUCAGCAGAUUCCCCUGUUCUCUACUCAAAUGGAGAAUAAUAAAGGUCUUCAGCAAAUUAAGGACUCGAUUCGUUCUCUGGAGAAGUCCAUGCUCAGAGAGGAGAUAGCUGCUCGAAGACAAAAAAAACUUCUUGUUCAGCGCGCUCGUCAGAAAUUUUUGGAAGAAGCAGCAUUACGUGAAUCAGAGCUACUCCAAGAACUCGAUAGGGAAAGAACUACUGAAGUGGAGCGUGAGAUUGAAAGACAACGAGUGUUAGAGCUUGAACGUGCAAAAACAAGAGAGCUGCGCCACAACCUUGACAUGGAAAAGGAAAGGCAAACACAGAGAGAACUACAGCGGGAACUAGAGCAAGCUGAAUCUGGACUUACACCAUCGCGUCGAGAGUUCUCUUCAACUCCCAGUGGUAGGCAGAGAGAUAGGUACCGGGAUAGAGAAAAUGGAAGAUCAGGUCAUGAAGGAGGUAUUAGGUCAAGUAGCACUGGUCGAGAGAGUGGUCCUACUUCACAGACACCAAUUGGUGGCGCCAGUUCUAAUGUGGCAUCUAUUCCAACAGUAGUUUUAGGUGGCGGUGGUUCACGUCAAUUCUCAAGUCAGUUGCCAACUAUUCUACAAUCACGGGACCGUCCAGAAGAACGUGGUGGUGGCAGUUAUGAAGACAAUUUUGAGGGAAGUAGAGAUUCAGGUGACACGGGUAGUGUUGGCGACUCGGAUACAGCAUCUGCCUUUGAUGGGCAAGCUGGGGGUUUCGGGUCUGGGCAGAGGAAUAUAUCUCGUGGUAGCAAGUCUAGGCAGUUGGUGGAGCGUAGAGAACGAGAAGGAGGCGGGAGACGCGAAGGAAAAUGGGAAAGAAAGCAUUCAUGACAUGUUUAGGAUAAUCUGCCACCAAUAGUGGAUAAUUCUACUCCAGUUAUGAAAAAUGCAGAUGGGAGAAACAAGCUUCACGCCAAGUCUCACGUGGAUCUGCUAGUGUACAACAACUCGGAUGUUAACUCUGGUUUGAUUCUCUAGGUUGAAGAAACAAGCCUGGCAAUGAGUCUCUAGUGGAACUGCUGGUGUACUCUCUGAUGGUUAUUCGUGGCACUUCCUUCUUGACUGUCAACUCUUGAACCUCCAUAGAAGGCAUUCCCACCUCAAAGGCUUAAUGCAUGUUUUGAGUUGGUAGACCACCAAUGGAAUUGUGGCUUGCCGUAGAGAAGUUGGGUAAAAAGUUGGUGGUAGAUAGGAAGUGACUCUGGUUAGCAGCAGAUGGCCAAUACUAGUGCGGAUGCUUCACUAGAUUAGUGGGUCAGAUAUGAAAUGUACUUGGGAUCAGUUGGUUUUCUGGUAUCACCCUACAAUUGUUGUUGCACAGAUAUCUAAUGACAUGUUUCAUAAUGAAAAAUUUCUUAUUUGAAAUACCAAAUUGAAAAUUUUGGA